AUGCACAUUUCAGAUUCUACUUCGCAUCCUAACCUUCCCGAAAACUGGGGCAUUUUUUUGCUUUAUGAGGGUUGCUUCCAGUUGAAUGAAACUCCUGCGAAAGAACGGACAGAUGCCGAGAACAACAACCACGUCUGCAAUGAUUACUGUGACAGGGAAGGAAAAACAUUUUCCGCGACCAUUGGUGAACGAUGCUUAUGCUUUGACAGCCGCCCGGCAAACAGUUUGUCAAAAGGUGAAUGCGACACUUCGUGUCCAAAAACUCCCCCUACAGAUGCUAAGGAAGGUUCAUCGGGUUGUAAAGAUCUUGGAUGUUGUGGUUCCACGGAAAACAGCGCUGUAACAGUCGUUCAGACGAUAAAAAUCAGCCGAGAACAAUUAGGUCUCAAGAAACAUGGUAAGAACCCAUAGACUUCUGUUUUAACUCUGUGAAUUUGAAAUGCGAACCGCAGUUUUAACUGAAGAUGGGUGACAUAAAAACGCUGAAAGCAUGUUACUCAAAAUAAUGGGUUUAUUGAUAACUAUACACCAUCAAUCUAACAAAAAACGUUUCUCUUUCCAAGCCAGAGGAUUUUUUUAACUUCAGCGCGUUCACUUUAGCUGCGCUAAACGAAAAAACGUUCAAAGAGUUCCUUUAUACUAAUGUUAUGUACAAGAAGUGGUCAAGAUCCAAACGUAAAGAUUAAGUAUGCGCUAUAUAUUGAGCGCCACAAAACGUUUUUAUUGUAUUUCUAUUCUACAUUCUGUGAGAGUGAAACUGUUUUCUACAAUAAAGUGGAAAACAUGUAUGAAUAUACAUCUGAUUUCAGUUAGGACUGAAGAAUUUAUCCAUUGGCACGUGUUCUUCACCAUGCACCAUGCAGUUUUCAUUAUAUUUUAGUAAUGUUAUUUUUUUCUUAACCUACCCGUGAGAUCAUGCACCUCGCAGCAGGCACAUGCCCGCCAAGAACAAAGACGGCUUUGGGAGUUUUAUAGACCCUAAAGGAUGCUUCAGACGGAGUGAAAAUCCAGCGAAAGAAAAGCCGCGCAACUCGCAGAAUGUUAACGUCAUUUGCGUUAACUUCUGCGCCGAGGAAAAUAUAACUUAUGCGGCUACCAUUUCUGAUCGAUGCCUUUGCUUGAACAGCCUACCGUCUGAAAAGCUUGAGGACAACCAAUGUAGUACUCCCUGUCCAGGUAAGAAAAGUGAUUAGUGUGUCACUAAUUUCCUGGCAGUUCAAACCAAGAAAGACACACUAACUAUAACGCCGGUCAUGAAAGGUCUUACUGAUAAAAACUAUAUAUAGCUCAGGGUCAAUUGACUCCAACAAUUCAGUGGGUCCAGCAUACAGUGGGGUUUGUGUAAUCUAUUUACUUUCACUUGGAAGGCUAAAAAUUCUUCCUGUGAUUAUAUGUUAUUCAAUGACGUUUUCAUUUGCUCAGGGUAUGGAUCCAACGAAGAUGGUCCAUGCGAAGGGUGGGGUUGCUGUGGUUCUUUGGACGAGGAUGCUAUAUCAGUGUAUGAGAUUGUCCCAGCAGCCUGGGAUCAAGAAACAAACGGAAACGAAGAUGUGACUAAAAAGUACGAGACAAAAUAA